AUGUCCUCAGAGUAUCAUCAAGAAAAGAAAAUGAAGACUACUAAUUUGAAGAUUGGAACUCAUUCCGGUACUUUCCACGCAGAUGAAUCUUUGGCUGUGUUUAUGCUUAAGCUUUUACCUAAGUUUUCUGGUGCUGAGGUUGUUCGAUCGCGUACCCCAGAAAUCCUCGACGAGUGCGAUAUUGUUGUGGAUGUUUCCGGAAAAUAUGAUGGUGAGAAGUACUUUGACCAUCACCAGAGAGAAUUCGAAGGUGUUUUUGGCGAAGGCUACAAAACCAAGCUUUCUUCUGCCGGUUUGGUCUACAAGCACUUUGGUCAGGACAUAUUGGCUUCUGUUUUAAAGGAAACUAAGGAGUCGGCUGUUGUUCAACAGUGCUUCCCCCGAAUCUACAAAAUUUUCAUUGAGGCUAUCGAUGCCAACGAUAAUGGUAUUUCUGUUUACAAUCCUGCUGUUGUUAAUGCCAUUAACGAGGAUGAAAAUGUUCCAUACAAGCUCACUGAGCGCUUCAUUUCCAACACAAUUACCCUUCCUGCUGUUGUUUCGAGGUGCAACCCCCGACCUGACGAAUUUGAAUCCUCCAGCUUAGACGAGAAUGCUAUUUAUGACUCAAAGUUUCAGGUUGCUUCUGAAAUUAUGGGCAAUGCUUUUCUGGGUAUUGUGCUGUCCACUGGUAAAGACUGGUUCCCAUCCAAGACCAAAGUUUCCCACUACUACAAUACACGCGAAGACCCUAGAGUUUUGAUUCUCGAUACUUUUGUUGCCUGGAAAUCUCACAUUUUUGACAUUGAGAAGGAACUUACCAGCCAGGGUAAGCUUAAGGAUGAGGACAAGCUGCUGUAUAUUGUCUAUCCUGGCAGUGAUAGCUGGAGAGUUCAGGCUGUCCCCAUGACUUCUUCUUCUUUUGUGUCCCGCAAACCUUUGCCAGAAGCUUGGAGGGGAGUCAGAGAUGAGGCAUUGUCCAAAGUUACUGGCAUUGACGGCUGCGUCUUUGUACAUGCUAGUGGAUUUAUUGGUGGCAAUAAGACCAAAGAAGGAGCUGUUGCCAUGGUUAAGAAGGCUCUGGAGCUUUAA